AUUACUUAAGAAUGCAUGAUGGCUAGAGGAUUAUGAAGGUUCAAAGAUUCUGAAACAACCCCAACCCAUAUCACUGAUUUUCAUUACCUUCAACUGAAAAAAAAAAAAAAAAAAAAAAAAAAGAAGAAGAAGAAAAAGAAAAACCAACCCUAACCCAUAUCAGAAUCGUAUCCGGUUAGAGGAAGAAAUUCUUCCACCUUCCGAUUGAACCCCUUAUCAAAAGAAAAUGGAAAAUCCCCUUAAUUGGGGGCUAAAAUCAUAAAAGGGUUAAAAUCCCCUUGUUGUUCUUGCAGCAAAAAACCGACGGCAUUCUUCCAAAUCCAAAGUCGAAGAUGAUACAUACCCCUUAGAAGCAAAGCCCCCUUUGUGAUAUUUUGUUUCCAUUUAUUGCUACUGUUUCACUCACUUUGAAAAUUUUGGUUAUUUCUUUUGAGAGAUUUCCUUUUGUCAUUGUUGAAUGCCAGUAUGUGAAUCUUCAAUAUGCAUAUCCGAUUGUGAGCUGAUGAUUCUUGACUUUAACAUGAUUAAUGUUUCUUUUAUGUAGACAAUAUAUCAUAUAGUGGAAACACUACUCCUGCUCCAACCACAACCACAACCACAAUCCUUUAGAAUGCUUAUGAAUUGAGCAAAUUCAUCAACUUAAUGAUUGAUAAUGUAAGGAAUGGUCAGAAGUCCAACUCCACAUUCAGUAAGGUUGGGUGGAAUAACAUUAAAGCAUGACUAGAAGCAACUUUCCAACGUCCAUUUCGAAAAGAGCAGUUGCGUAAUAAGAUGAAUAAGCUACGAGGUGACUAUAAUAGUUUCAGGCGGUUGCUCGAAACUACAGGAUUUGGAUGGGAUUCAAAUACUAGGACUGCUACAGCUGCAGAUUCUGUUUGGGAAAAUGCUAUAAAGGCAAAUCCAAAUUGGACCAAAUUCCGAAAGAGUGGACUUCCAUGGUGGCCAGAGUUGUUAGAGGUCUUCUCAGACUCAAGUGCUCGAGGAGAUAGAGGAGUAUCUCAGCAUACUGCUAGGAAGCAAAAGUCCAUCGACAUUGAUCUUGAUUGUGAGGAUGAGAAUGAUACACAUGAUUCCCCUGAAAAUGUAGUAGGUCUGGAUGAUAUAGAGCCUACAGAUGUUGAUGAAGUGGUCAGUCAUUCUAAAACAAAGUGGAAGCAUGAUAGAACUCCCACAGACCAAAGGAAGAAGAGUACCACAAAAGUCAUUACCAAAUCUGCACAUGACUUCAGCUCAUAUGUGGCCUGGAAAAUGGAACGGGGGGGUAGUAGUACUCCCACUUCCAGACCAGUUCUUCCAACUGUCAAUAAUCUAGUGGAUGGAAUGUACAGCAUCAAAGCGUGUCAGGUAUUGUUGGACAACAUGACAGAGUUAACAGAAGAAAUGUGGGUGAAGGCUCAACAAAAGAUACACAAGAGUGCUGCUUGGAGAAUAUCAUUUGUAGAAGUUGUUGCUGAAAAAAGGAUUUGGAUGAUUAGAGCAUUGAAGUAGGAUUUGGGAGUUUCUUGAAAACAAUAGGUUUAUUUUUAAAUUUGAGAAUGACAUGGAUAUUUGUUUGUUUGAUUUUGAUGGAUGGUUUGAUUUAAAAGUAGGAUAGGGGAAUUUCUUUGAGGAUGACAUGGAUAUUUGAGGAUGAUAUAGAUAUUUGUUUGUUUGAUUGAUUUUGAUGGAUGAUUUGAUUUAAAAGUAGGAUAUGGGAGUUUCUUUCAUAUAUUGAUUUGUUUACAUGAUUUUUUAAGGAUGACAUGGAUAUUUGUUAUUGCCUUAAUGAUGAAUGCAUUUUUUCAGUUCUUACUAUGUAGUAUUUUGAUACUCAUAUUCAUUUAUAUACAGGUGUGGCAAUGAAUCCUACCAAUUUCGAAGAUGAUUCAUCUAGUGAUGAUGACAUCAUCCUAUAUACAUUUCAAACGUUUUUAGAUUACCUUCGGAUUAGAGAACCAUGUAUGGAUAGUAACUACACAGGAACUGUCAUGGUCGCAGAGACAUUGAAUAGGCAUUCAAAUCUAUGCUACAUUGAAUUUAGAGUUGAGAGACAUGUCUUCCUCAAUCUACAUGAUAUGAUGAUACAUAGAGGAUGGUUAGAUGAUAGUUGUCAUAUACGGGUAGAUGAACAACUUGCAAUUUUUAUUGUAAUAGUAGCGCAUGGAAGCAGUACCAGACAAGUUGCAAAGAAAUUUCAACGAUCUGGACAGACAAUUAGUGCUGUAUUUCAAAAAGUGUUGCACGCUAUGGUUCAACUAGCGAAUGAAACAAUCAGACCACCUAAUUUUGAUGUGGUCCCCUCAGAGAUUCAACAUAACCCAAAGUUUAGCCCUUUCUUCCAGGAUUGCAUUGGUGCUAUUGAUGGUACUCAUAUUAGCGCCAUAGUACCCAGAUCAGAGCAAACCCGAUACAGAAAUCGGAAAGCAUUGAUCACACAAAAUGUUAUGUGUGCCUGUUCGUUCGACAUGCGUUUUACAUUUGUGUACGCGGGUUGGGAAGGUAGUGCACAUGAUGCUCGGGUUUUUGAAGAGGCGAGAUCAAAUGCUACCUUAGGUUUUCCUCAUCCUCCUCCAGGCAAGUAUUAUGCUGUGGACUCAGGUUACGCAAGUCAACUUGGGUAUUUGACACCCUUUCGAGGAGAAAGGUAUCACCUACCAGAUUUUAGUGGGGAGAGAAGGGGUGCAAGAACGCCGAAGGAGUUGUUCAACCACAGACAUUCCUCUUUGCGGAAUGUUAUUGAAAGAACCUUUGGUGUAUUGAAAAAUAGAUUUCAAAUUUUACAAAAAAUGAAGGGUUACCGUAUCGAGGACCAAGCCAGCAUCGUAGUUGCAUGUUGUGGACUUCACAACUACAUCAAAGAACAAGCUAUUAAAGAUGAUCUUUUUGAUGAAUAUGGCUGUGAACAAAAUGUAAUUGAUCAACUAAAUCCUCCUAAUCAUCAAGACUUCAUUGCUCCAACUACAAGCACAAGUCAGAGAGGAGCAAGACAGAUGUCAAUGUUGAGGAUAAAUAUAGCAAAUCAAAUGGCUAUAUCGAAGGGAAUGCCUAUGAUUCCAAUUGAUGGACCUUGAUGUUUUGAUUUUAAUGACUUUAUGUUAGUUGCUACCAUUAAUGAUUUUAUGUUAGUUGUUAGAGUAUAUGUUACGUAAUAGAAAACUCUAUGUUCUAUUUACUUAUGUGACAUUUAAAAAGAUAUUCCCUAUUGAAUCUCUAUCA